AUGAAGUUCAUCCUUGCUCUGGUAUUUUGGGUGGCUCUCUUCAGUCAGGGCUACACCAAUUCCCUGGACUCCUGCGUGGGGCGCUGUGACUAUGGCACAGACAGUGACUUCACCUGUCAGUGUAACACGGCAUGUGAGAGGUUUAGAGACUGCUGCUUCGACUACAGUCAAAUCUGUAAAUCCUCGUUCUCCUGUAAGAGUCGCUGUGGUGAAGCCUACAACUCUCAGAAUGAAUGUCACUGUAACUCCAAGUGCAGCCAGUACGACAACUGCUGCUCCGACUACAAUGAUGUGUGUGGAGCAUCGGGCAGUUCUGUCACUGACGCUGAAAUUAAGUCUGUGUCUGAGGCUCUUUAUGCUCUGGACUCAAACAAAGCGUCAGGAUCUCAGCUCAUCAUCGACCCUCAAACCCUGAUCUCCAACUCCCAGACGGGCGCUCAGACCGACUACUCCUCCAAACCUCUGUUCCGUUACCUGGACGAGGGCGCUCUCUUCUCCAGACCCACUUACGCCGCCCUGCUGGCCGUGUUGGAUAACUACAGGAGGAUGACGGGGCAGACGGAGAGCUUCACCCAGCAGCAGCUUCAGGAGCAGGAUCGCUUUGUGAGAGAGACCAUGUCCAACACCGCAGUGGGCAGGGAGCUCUUCAGUUUCCUCCGCAGUAAAGGCAUCUACUCUUCAGAGGAGGAGUUCAUUGAGGACCUGAAGAAAAUGUGGUUUGGACUUUACUCUCGCAGCAGCGGAGCCAUGGACUCCAGCGGCUUCGAGCACAUCUUUGCGGGUGAAGUGAAAGGAGGAAAAGUGUCUGGUUUUCAUAACUGGAUCCAGUUUUACCUCCUGGAGAAAAGAGGACAGCUCAACUAUUACAGUCACAGCUUCGACGGGCCGUGGCUUUCGUACCCGGACGUGCUGGGCAUGCAGUUUAACUGGAAUGGCUACUAUAAACAGGUGGGCUCUGCUAUCAUCGGCUGCAGUCCUGAGUUUGACUUCGCCCUCUACAGUCUCUGCUACAUCACACGUCCUGGGAAAAUGUGUUAUCUGAGUGUGGGAGGAAAGGAACUCCGGAUCCAGACGUACACGUGGGACAACUCCUCCUAUGGAAACGGAAAGAAGUAUAUCGGGUCUGCGUACCCGCCUCGCCAUGAGCAGCCAAUCACGAGCAGCCAUACUAAACACAGAAGGAAUACAUACAACAAUAAACAUGAUCUAACGCACACUGCUCAGAGCCCCCCCCCCCGUGACCCCCUCUCCCUCCCUCACCCCCGCGUCCCCCCCGUGCACCCCCCCUCCCACACGCGAUGCACCACGAGCCACGGGCCGGCCACGCGCGAGCCCCCCGCACCGCCGUCGUCCCGCGCGGGCGUCGUGUGUGUGUGUCGCCGCGAGGGGGGAGGAGCUUACGGCGCCGGGGUUAAAAAGCCCAACCGAGUCAAACGCGCUGACGCAGCUCCGAGAGGGACACCCCGACGCACCGCACGCUUCAUGGACGUCAACUAA